AUUAUAAAACUUUUCCAUUUUGUUGGUGUCAUUGAUAGCAACGACCAUUAUUCUUUUCUUCAUUAUCUGCUAAAUUCUUUAAGCAUUUACUCUUGUUUCCUUCUUCUACAAUUUCCCCAUUUUGGACUAUAACUAUUAGGAAGUGAAGAAAGUUGAAAACUGAGACGAGGGGUCAGAACUGAGAACAACUAGCAUCAUUAUUACUGGCUAUAUUCAACAUUUAGAAAGAGAUGUCUGUGGAAAUCGAAGAGAUCGGAGAGGAUAGCAAGAGUACUACAAUAAACAGCAUAGAUGCAGAUAUUAAAGAUGUUUAUGUAGCUGUUGGCAAAAAUGACUUGCAUGUUCUUCAAUGGGCACUUGAUCAUGCUAUUUCCCCCCGUUUUCGCAUCUGCCUCGUGCACAUUUUUCCUCUCAUUAACUACAUCCCUACACCAGUUGGGAAGUUAUCAAGAAGCCAAUUGAGCCAAGAGCAAGUGCAAGUCUACAUCAAUGAAGAGAAUAACAGGAGGAAGAAUCUCUUGGAGAAAUACAUUCGCCUAUGCAACGAUGCCAAAGUACCUGUUGAUACUAUGCUUGUGGAGAGCAAUUCACCAGCCAAAGCAUUACUUGACCUUAUUCCUAUUGUCCAUAUUACCAGCCUUGUCAUUGGAAUUAGACCAUCGCGUUCCACAAGGCGAGCGAGGAAGGGACGAGAUAUAGGAGAGUAUGUUAAAAAGAAUGCACCAGAAUUCUGUGAGGUUAAAGUUGUUGGCCAAGUGCAGAAGCCAAAAGAGAGUUUUAAUCGAGCGCAGCCUGAGAUUGGAAGAAAUUCUGAAAGGAAUUUCCUUGAAUGCAUAUGCUUUUCUGGCAAGUUCUACUGAUAUGUUGGAAGCAAGAAUGUGAUAAUUUUUUAACAUGAAUAAACUUGUCCCAUCUGUUAGAAAAUUGUGCUAUAUAUGCUACUGACUUUGGUAUAACUUUCACAAAACUGAUAUUUCAAUGUCAGAUGCUACAUGUGUU